UGGGUGUGUGAGAAGCCCCACCUCCUGGACAGAGUGGGGUCACUUUUCCUCUCAGUCACUGUCCUCUCCCCUCUCUGAUGUCUUCCUAACUGGCUGGGGUGAUUCGGGGGUGAUUCUGGCACCUACACACCCCUGGAUUUUCUAGAAUGGAAGGGAUGGUAGCCCCUGGCCACAUGCACAAGUGGUCAAGGGGGAGGUUAUAGCAGACGUGCGGGGGAACCUGACUCCCCCAGUGUUGUCAAGCAGAGAGGGGCGCUGCUGUCUGCAGUGUGAGGGCCAGAGCUUCUUGGCCUCGCCUCCCGCCUGUACUCCAUCCCCAGCUGAGCCCUGCAGCCUGGCGCUGGGCCAGCAGCAGGCUGAGCAGGUCCCAGGGGCGUGGUGGUGACCAGUGGUGGAAUCAGCCUACAUCAGCCAGGCAAUCGGCAAGGCAACACAGUUCACCGGCGACAGCUGAGCUGGUGGCAGCCGGAGCCCGGGAGGCAGCGGCCAUGAGCUCUGUGCUGUACUAUGCCCUGCCCGCCCUGGGCAGCUAUGCCGUGCUCUCCAUCUUCUUCCUGCGCCGGCCUCGCCUGCUGCACACACCUAGGGUUCCGGCCUUCCGGCCCCGCCUGGGAGCCCACCGGGGAGGGUCUGGAGAGAGGCUGGAGAACACCAUGGAGGCCAUGGAGAACGCCAUGGCCCAGCGCGCAGACCUCCUGGAGCUGGACUGUCAGCUGACCCGGGACGGUGUGGUGGUGGUUUCCCACGACGAGAACCUGUCCCGCCAGUCAGGCGUGAACAAGGAUGUGGGCAGCCUGGACUUUGAGGAGCUGCCCCUCUACAAGGAGGAGCUGGAGGUUUACUUCUCACCAGGCCACUUUGCACGUGGGUCAGACAGGCACAUGGUGCGUCUGGAGGAUGUUUUCCAGAGGUUCCCUCGCAUGCCCGUGAGUGUGGAGGUCAAAGAGGAAAACGAGAAGCUUAUUCACAAGAUAGCCAGCCUGGUGAGGCACUUUGACCGCAAUGAAAUCACCAUCUGGGCCUCGGAGAAGAGCUCAGUCAUGAAGAAGUGCAAGGCUGCUAACCCCGAGAUGCCGCUCUCCUUCUCCAGAUGCCGAGUCAUCCGGCUGUUACUGCUGUAUUACCUGGGGCUGCUGCCCUUUGUCCCUAUCCCUGAGAGGUUCCUGUUGUGCUUCCUGCCCACCAUCAUCAACAGGACCUACUUCCCAUUCUCCUGCUCUGGGCUGAACAAGCUGACAGCCGUGGUUACUAAAUGGCUCAUCAUGAGGAAAAGUCUGAUCCAACACCUGGAGCAGCGAGGAGUGCAGGUGGUAUUUUGGUGCCUUAAUGAAGAGUCGGAUUUUGAAGUGGCCUACAGUCUGGGGGCCACUGGCGUCAUGACUGAUUACCCCACAGCCCUGAGGCGCUACCUGGACAACCACAGAGCAGCGGCCCCCGUCUCCUAAGCCUGAGGCCCUUGCCCUCAACAAUGUUUCUCUUUCCCAAUAAAUAUUUUAUUUUUAGUCAA